AUGACAUCCUGUCUGGUUCUGGAUCCUCGCUGGGCAGCAGAACCCGUGAUGUUCGUGUACGACAGUAACCUGGAGGACUUGAACAGGAACAUGGAGGGGCUGAUGGGCAGUGGGAACUUCGUGGCCGCUGCGAGCCAGUGCCGCAACAUCAUGGCGCACCCGGCUGCCGCCGCGGCUUUCGGGGGCCACCCUUCCAGCCUGGUGCACUCCUCCGCCCCUGGCUGCACCUCAAUCGACGUGUCCUCCUCUUCAGGCUCCAACGAGACGACUGCAUCUUCGGGGAAACAGUGCGCGGCAGCGGGGCCGUGCCCGGGAGCCGCCGUGCCUCACCAGACCUCCUCCGGCUCGGCUGCCUUACCCUACAGCUACUUUGGGAACGGUUACUAUCCGUGCAGGAUGGCGCGCGGCUCUCUCAAGUCCGGCUCGCAGGCGGCCGGAGCCGCGCUCAGCUCGCAGUACAUGGACACGACAAUGAGUCCUGACGAGCACCCGAACCACCGGGCCAAGGAGUUCGCCUUCUACCACGGAUACGCCGGGCCUUACCAGUCCGUGGCCAGCUACUUGGACGUGUCCGUGGUUCAAACGCUGGGGGCCGGGGAGCCGCGCCAUGACAGCCUACUCCCCAUGGACAGCUACCAGCCCUGGGCCCUGACCAGUGGCUGGGGGGGACAAAUGUACUGCCCCAAAGACCCGGCUCAGGCUGGACACCUCUGGAAGUCCGCACUCGCUGAUGUGGUGGCGCAGCAGCACGACGGCUCGUCCUUCUGCAGAGGCCGGAAGAAGAGAAUUCCCUACACCAAAGUCCAGCUCAAAGAGCUAGAGAAGGAAUACGCGGCCAACAAAUUCAUCACCAAGGACAAGAGGAGGAAAAUCUCGGCUUUGACCGGCCUCUCCGAACGGCAGAUCACCAUCUGGUUUCAGAACAGGCGCGUGAAGGAGAAGAAGUUCGUGGCCAAAGUGAAGAGCAGCGCAGCGUAG